AUGAAUAUUAUUUGCAAUAAAUUAUUGUCUUAAAGAUCCAUUAAUCUUUUUGGAUUUAGACCAUCUUGCAAUUUUACUAUUGUAGGUUCAUAAUUUGAUGCUUAAACUGAGCAUGUUAACAAAUUAGCCUUAGAUUUAGCUAACAAAAAGUAUCGUAAAAUGGCUUUGGAUCAAGCUGUUCUUAGAAAAGAAAAAGUCGUUGUUCCUGCAGAAUUCAGAACUGAAAAAGAUAGCCUUAUUUCCCUAAAGAAAGAAUUAAGAUCUCCUGUCUACAUUAAAGGUCACACUGGUAUACCUGAUGUUGAUUUGAUUGCUGAUAAUAGAUAAGUCUUUUCUAUCCGUAGAAGACUUCAAUUUUAAAAUUAAUCUUUCUACUUUAAGGUUGGUAACGAAGAAUUUAGAUGCACAUAUGAUCAUAUUUAAAUACAUCCAAUGGAAAAGUGGUUAGUUUAUUCUAAAUAUAGAAGAUAUGUUGUUGGUAAGCCAAAUAGCAUAUUCUUACCUAUUAAUAUUCUUCCUACAUUUUAAAACAACGCUAUAGUCAGAGGUUCAGAAAUUGUUUAACUAUUAGAUGGUAUUUGGGUUAACAGCUACAAUGACGAAUAUCCUCACAGUAUUGUUAUUGAUCCUGAAAACUUGUCUAAAAUUAGACCUUUGAGAAUUGGUGAUAUUCACAAUUUCUUACCUGAUGGUGUAGAAAUUGAUAAAACUAAGUGCUUAAGUUUACAUUAAAAGGUUAUUAAGAUUACUGGUGAUAAAGAAAGAAAGUUGGAUAUUGCUUUGCAAAAUAUGAAGCUCAUGAAAGAAUAGGUUACUGUCGAAGAAGACGAAGAUUUCACCCUAGCUAGCGAAGUUAAAAAGGCUCCUAAAGAAAGAAAGAAUGUUAAGGUUAGAUCUCUUAAGAAACAAGUUCAAGCAAUUUCUGCUCAAGUUAAAGAAAAGCUCGCUUAAUAAUAAGCUUCAUGA